AUGAACGAAAAUGAAACGAAAAAAAGAAUUCGUAAUUGUGUUUUUAACGAUGAAUGGUUAAAAGAUCAAAUAUUUUCUGAUUGGAUCGCUAAACACAAUAACCCUAAUAAAGCACGAUGUAUAUUAUGUCAGACAGUUUUUAGUGUUAAGUAUGAUGGCGUUAAAGCUGUAAAAACACAUCAAGAAUCAAAAAAACAUGAAGAAUCCGUCAAUUCUAUAAAUAAAUCGUCCACUAUAAAAAAGUUUUUUCCUACAAAGAAUGAUAAAGAUGAAGACAAAAUAGCAGCCGUUGAACUGAGUAAGUGUUUUCAUGUAGUUAAACACCAUCAUAGCUAUCUUUCCAGCGAUUGUGGAGUAAAAUUAGAGUCGAAACAUUUCUCAGAUUCAACGAUAGCUAAUAAAGUCCACCUGGGUAGAACGAAAAUGGAAGCUAUCGUCAAAAAUGUACUAUGUCCGUUCGCUAUUGAAAAAGCAGUAAUAAAACUCAAAUGUCCUACUCCUAUUCCCUUUUCUAUAUCUACAGACGCUUCAAAUAAGGGAAAUAGAAAAUUUUUUCCAUUAGCGGUUAGGUUAUUUAAUUUUGAAGACGGAGUGAAAGAUUACCUUUUAGACUUUUACGAGGAACCAAACGAAUCUUCACAGUCAAUUUUUGACACGAUUACUUCUGCAAUUGAAUCUCUUGGCUUAGAUAUAAAAAAUAUAACAGCUUUUGGUGCCGAUAAUGCCUCUGUUAAUUAUGGAAAACAUUGUUCGGUCUUCGAAAAAUUAAAAAAUAAAAAAUCCAAUAUAAUUAAAGCUAAUUGUAACUGUCAUGUGAUUCAUAACGCAGCAAAGCAUUCCAUGAAAGUUAUAAAAUACGAUGUAGAAACGUUGGUAUUAAAAGUUUUUAAUGAAUUUUCUAUGAGCUCCAAAAGAGUAGAUGAACUUAAAGAAUGUUUCGAAUUUGUACAACAGGACUAUCAUAAUGUAUUGCGACAUAUUCCGGUGAGAUGGCUGAGUUUGUUUAAUGCCGUGGACCGAUUAAUUUUAAAUUGGAAUGCAAUUAAAACUUAUUUUAUAAAAAAAGGAAAAAAUGAAUGUGAUAAAAUCAUAUGGACAUUUAUUGAAGAUCAGAAAAAUGAACUUUCUGAACAGUUAACUUUAAGAGAAUGUUACAUUUGGUUUGUUCAUCAUGUGUUGUCCAUUUUUCAAAAACAUAUUUUAAUAUUAGAAAAAAAUAAUUUAAACGCUCCAGAAGUCUAUGAUGUAAUGUUAAGUUUAAGAUCUCAAAUUUUAAAUCGUAAAAAUGAUAAUUUCUUUGGAAUUGCAGUAACUACACGAUUACCUAAUCUUACUAGCAAAGAAAACGAUGCAUUUAAAUCUGAUGCUCUACAUACUUACAAACGUGCAUUAGAAUACCUCGAAAAAUGGUUUGAUUAUGAAAACUCUCCAUUCAAAAUGUUUUCGUGUUUGAAAUUAAGUGAAUUACCUAAAUUAACAGAUUUACUCGAUCUGGCCAAAUUAAUUAAGGUUCAUGUCAAUGGAGAUGAACUGUAUGAAGAGCUUAAUUUGAUAAAGUUAUUACCAAAUGAUAUCCUAAAUAACACAGAAUUCACUAGUUCGGAAAAAUGGGUAAAAUUUUUCCAAUCAUCUACUGCACAAUUAAAAAAUAUUAAACAAAUUGUACAGUAUGUAUUCUCGGUGCCGUGUAGCAAUGCAUUUGUUGAACGCGUUUUUAGCCACAUGAAUAGUUUGUGGACAGAUGAGCGCAAUCGAUUAGGAAUUGAUACAGUUAAAGCCGAACUAGUCAUAAGAAAUAACAUAACAUACAAUUGUUCAGAGUUUUUUGAUCAAAUACAAAAUGAAAAACAUUUAUUAAACGCCGUGAAAAAUGCCGCUAAAUAUAAAUUUAAAAGUUUACAAUAG